GUGCGGCCCGAGUGGAGGCCGCGGCGCCGCCCUCCAGUCCUGAGGAGCCCGCGCCGCGCUCAGCCCGCGCCGAGGUCAUCUCAGCACCGACGCUAAGCAACCCGGAUAGCCUGGCUUGAUCUAGCCCAUUCCUGGCAGGUAGCACUGCUCUAGUCCUUCUGGCACAAGAAGCCCCAUCUCAGAGGACAUGAAGCUGCUGGAGAACUCCAGCUUCGAGGCCAUCAACUCACAAUUGACCGUGGAGACUGGAGACGCCCAUAUCAUUGGCAGGAUUGAAAGCUACUCGUGUAAGAUGGCAGGAGAUGAUAAACACAUGUUCAAGCAGUUCUGCCAGGAGGGCCAGCCCCAUGUGCUGGAGGCACUGUCCCCGCCCCAAACUUCAGGUCUCAGCCCUAGCAGACUGAGCAAGAGUCAGGGUGGCGAGGACGAAAGCCCUCUAAGUGACAAGUGCAGCCGGAAGACCCUCUUCUAUCUGAUUGCCACACUCAAUGAGUCCUUCAGACCAGACUAUGACUUCAGCACAGCCAGGAGUCACGAGUUCAGCCGGGAGCCCAGCCUCAGCUGGGUGGUAAACGCAGUCAACUGCAGCCUGUUCUCAGCCGUCCGGGAAGACUUCAAGGCCCUGAAGCCACAGCUGUGGAACGCAGUGGAUGAGGAAAUUUGCUUAGCCGAGUGUGACAUCUACAGCUAUAACCCAGACCUGGACUCAGACCCCUUUGGGGAAGAUGGGAGCCUCUGGUCGUUCAAUUAUUUCUUCUACAACAAGCGUCUUAAGCGAAUCGUCUUCUUUAGCUGCCGCUCCAUCAGUGGCUCCACCUACACGCCCUCAGAGGCAGGCAAUGCGUUGGACUUGGAGCUGGGUGCCGAAGAGGCAGAUGAAGAGAGUGGAGGCGGAGACAGUGAGGACAAGGCCGAGGAGGCCAGCACCAUGGAGGAAGACAGGGUUCCAGUGAUCUGUAUGUGAUGAGGAGAAGUGGAGUCUCAGCCUGGACCAGUGCCUGGACCUACCUGCCUAAGGCGCUGCAGAGCCUCCCCAGACAGAUGCUGGCUACCCCGGCACUGCCACCAUCCUGGACCUACCUGUCUAAGGCGCUGCAGAGCCUCCCCAGACAGAUGCUGGCUACCCCGGCACUGCCACCAUCCUGGCGCUGCCCUUUGGUUUCAGCCUGUGGACAUCCACACACCCCUGCAGGCUCUCACUCCCGUGCUGUGGCUGAUUAAACAGCACAGGGCCCGAUAGAAAAGUGACUGCUCUGCACCCACGGUCUGCCAGACAGGACAGCUGGACCACAGAGUUUAUUUUUGUAUUUCUUACUGGGCCUGUACACUCCAGCUCUAAGGGCCAGUGACAUGAAGCCCUGUUAGUGGUGCGGUGCCCAGUGUUUUAUGGGGUCUGCCCUGGACCAGCCCCUGGUGCCCACUUUUGCCCCCCACCUUACCAGGUGGGCCACAUGCACUGAGUGUCACUUUGCUGCAGCUCAUUCGUUUCCAAUAAAAGUUUCUGUGACUUA